AUGGCAAAGAUCAAGAUUGGAAUCAACGGAUUUGGAAGAAUUGGAAGGCUGGUAGCUAGAGUGGCUUUGCAGAGAGAUGAUGUUGAACUUGUUGCUGUUAAUGAUCCCUUCAUUAGCACUGAAUACAUGACAUAUAUGUUCAAGUAUGAUACAGUUCAUGGUGCAUGGAAACAUCAUGAGCUUAAGGUUAAGGAUUCUAAGACACUUCUUUUUGGAGAGAAGUCUGUUGCUGUCUUUGGUAACAGGAACCCAGAGGAGAUCCCAUGGGGUGAGACCGGAGCUGAGUAUAUCGUGGAGUCAACCGGAGUUUUCACUGAUAAGGAUAAGGCUGCUGCUCACUUGAAGGGUGGAGCUAAGAAAGUCAUCAUCUCAGCCCCCAGCAAGGAUGCUCCUAUGUUUGUUAUGGGCGUCAAUGAGAAGAGUUACACACCAGAUCUUAACGUCGUAUCCAAUGCUAGCUGCACUACCAAUUGCCUUGCUCCUCUUGCUAAGGUCAUUCACGACAAAUUUGGCAUUGUUGAGGGACUUAUGACCACUGUCCACUCUAUUACUGCUACCCAAAAAACUGUUGAUGGGCCCUCUGCAAAGGACUGGAGAGGUGGAAGAGCUGCUUCAUUCAACAUCAUUCCUAGCAGCACUGGAGCUGCAAAGGCUGUGGGGAAGGUGCUACCUGCUCUAAAUGGCAAGCUAACAGGAAUGGCUUUCCGUGUCCCAACUGUUGAUGUAUCUGUUGUGGACCUCACAGUGAGACUUGAGAAGCCAGCUACAUAUGAUGAAAUUAAAGCUGUUAUCAAGGAGGAGUCGGAAGGACCGAUGAAGGGAAUCUUGGGCUACACCGAUGAAGAUCUGGUCUCAACUGACUUCAUUGGUGACAAUAGGUCGAGUAUCUUCGACGCCAAAGCUGGAAUUGCUUUGAAUGAGAAAUAUGUGAAGCUGGUUGCGUGGUAUGACAACGAGUGGGGUUACAGCACUCGCGUGGUUGACUUGAUUACCUACAUUGCAUCUGUUCCCAAGUAA